AUGAUUGGUUCAGAUGGCCAGGAAUCAACCUUCAUCAACUCGACCUCAACGUGUACCAUGGUUAGGACAUACCCUUUCAUGACCAGAAACGAGAUCGAGAGUCGUAUAGCAGAUGGUCAACAAAUCGUUAUUUUCAAUCAACAUGUACUCAAAGUCGACGCGUGGCUGCCUUACCACCCCGGCGGUGAGAAGGCUUUACUACACAUGGUAGGCAAGGAUGCCACAGAUGAAAUCCAAGCUCUUCAUUCCCAGGCUGCUCAAGAACAAAUGAUGCGGUACCGAAUCGGCAAAAUUCAUGGUCUUUGGACCAAUUUCCGGCCACCAAUUCAAGGGGGUUCAUUUCGCUCAUCUUUUGACGCCGACAAUAUGGACUGUGAGGAGUUGGAUAACCAAGGAGUAUCAGCCUCGAGCACUCCCAACUCUAGAUCGCCAUCUCCUGUAUUUGAUGUCGAUUACAAAGGCCUGAGAAGACGAGGCGAUGACAAGGAUUACACCACCAGGCCAGCAUCAAUAUCCUCGCAGUCAAGUGUGGAACCUGACACUACUGGGAUGUCAUAUCUAGACGCCCUCACAAGAGAGCAGAUCAGUCUAGACAUCGGCAAGUACCCGGGGGUUGAUCUUGCCACGCAGCACGAAAUAGCAGCCAAGUACAAAGACUUGCACCAGGCUAUUAUGGAUCAAGGCCUUUACGAAUGCAGCCGGACGGCGUACAUGUUCGAAUGCUGCCGAUAUAUUGGGUUCUUUGCCGCUAUGCUCAUAUGUCUAAGCUAUGGGCAAUACGUGCUCGGUGCAGUAUGCUUAGGCCUUGCUUGGCAUCAACUCGUCUUCCUUGCGCAUGACGCGGGACAUAUGGGGAUCACACACGACUAUCAAAUCGAUACUGCGAUUGGAAUAUUCGUCGCUGAUUUUGUUGGCGGCCUGUCUCUUGGCUGGUGGAAGAGGAAUCAUAACGUUCAUCACAUCGUUACGAAUGCCCCUGAGCAUGACCCCGAUAUUGAACACAUGCCCCUCUUCGCCGUCACACACCGCUUACUGGGAAGCUUGCGAUCGACAUACUACGAUCGCGUUAUGGAGUAUGAUGCCGUUGCCAAGUUUAUGUUGAAAAUUCAAGCUUGGACAUACUAUCCUCUCCUUGCGUUAGGACGAUUCAAUCUCUACCGGUUGUCAUGGGACUAUCUAAUUGCUCGGAGAGGCCCAAGACGUGGCCCUGGAGCCUGGCACUGGUACUUGGAAAUCGUGGGGCAAUUUGUUUUCUGGGCUUGGUUUGGGUACGGCGUUAUGUACAAGAUGCUGCCUGACGGCAGGACGCGGUUCAUGUUUGUCAUGGUUAGUCACGUUACGUCCUCGCCGCUUCAUGUGCAAAUCGUGCUCUCCCAUUUUUCUAUGAGCACAUCAGACUUGGGACCGCAGGAAUCUUUCGCGCAACGCAUGCUCCGAACCACAAUGGAUGUGGACUGCCCCCCCUGGCUCGACUUCAUCCACGGAGGGCUCCAGUUCCAGGCAAUCCACCAUCUCUUCCCCCGGGUGCCUCGACAUAAUCUUCGCAAGGCACAAAAACUAGUCAUGGAAUUCUGCCGAGAUGUUGGUAUUCCCUAUGCUCUGUAUGGGUUUGCCGAUGGAAAUAGGGCUGUCAUUGGUCGACUUGCAGAAGUUUCCCGACAAGCAGCUAUUCUGGCAAAAUGCCAGCAGACUGUAGCAAGGAAUGGUGGUGUUUUCGGACACCAUGGCUGA